AUGGCAAAAGAUGAAUAUAAGCUGGAAUCCGACUUGGUGGAGAUCACUUAUGCACUAUCGGAACCAAUUUUGCAACAUAUGGCGCCGAAUCCUCCUCCAGUGCAUGUCACAAAUGAUAGACAUGUUCACAAUUUGAUCGAACUAAGUAGAGCGCAUGUCAUACGUCUUUGUGUCUCGAUUCGGUUGGAGAUGGAUUGUGAUGUCAACAAUGACUGUGAUGGAAUUUUGGACAGUGGUUGUGAAGAAUAUACAGACGUAGAUGCUGAGGAAUGCGAGGAUGGAGAUGGUGACGACUAUGGGCAUGGUACGGAAAAUGGUGCGAAUGAAGAAGAUCAUGUUAUCGAAGGUGGUGAUGGUGUCGAUGAUAUCAAAAUUGAUGGUGUUGGUAUCAAUGAAGAUUACAGUGUUUACGGAAAAGUGAAAGAUGAGGAUCAAGAUGAUAUCACAUUUGAUGGUGUUGGUGGGAGUGAGCAUUGUCUUGGCGAAGGAGCAAGAUCAAAAUUGACAUGGUAUGAUGGUAUAUUUGUCAGACAGAGUUUUAGUAGCAAGGAUGAGCUGCUUAGAGAGUUGCGAUCGAUGGCUGUGAUGUCAAGAUUUGCAUUCAAAACAUACAGGUCUACUAAAACUCUGUUAGUCGCUACGUGUCGUGUGAAAGGAUGCAAGUGGAAAGUCAGAACGGGUGUGACAAAUGAACCAAACUGGUUCUGGGUGACAAAGUAUAUUAAAAAUCAUAGCGGAGAGAGUUUCUCACAGGAGACGCUCUACUCCAAAGUAUGUUGGUAA